UGCGCAAACUGGCGAGUCCAGAGGGCCUUUUCCCCUGAUUCCGGGGCUGCCCACCAGGCAUCUGCACUCCUUGAGGCACGCGCGCGCGCACACGCUGCACGAGCAACUUGAAUGUUUUUCAAUGAGUUCAGUCGAGAGCCCCCGCCUAUGACCAGAAGUCACCCGCCGCGGCAGUCAAUCCGUUUCCCAUGCGCUCGCCGCCUCACCGGGGUUCUUCAGACAUCAACGCAAUUCCGUCCGCUGUUAUCCUCCCCCUAUAUUCAUUUGCACUAGUAGUAGUAGUAGUAGUAGUAGUAGUAGUAGCAGCAGCAGCAGGCGUAGUAGUAGCAGGCGUAGUCGCAGUAGGUUUAGUUGGUAGUACUGCUACUGCCUGCCUCGCGUGUUUCACACAGGCGUGCGUUUGCGCGUGUGUGUGUGUCAGCGGGCAAUCACAGGUCACACUCUCGUCUCUAGUGUGUGGUGCAAAGCGCAACAGUCUUGCGAUCAGAACCAAGCGGCAACAUCGUCGACGCUUCGAUCGCUCCCUCUCCUUCGUCACCUCACAUAGGGAUCGCCACGGCACACCACGUCCGGUCUCCUGCUCGCCCCUCUCUGCAACCAAGCAGCAGGCAGAUCGUCGCGUAACAAGCGAGCGCGAGCAAACAACUCGCCCCUUCCUCGGCGACUCUCAGCCGGCCGUGGAUCUCAACCCAACACUGCGACACACGACUGGUCUCUUCGCGGUUGUGUUCCACUGCCAAAGGGGGAAGGGGGUUUGGGGUUUGCGUAUUGCGGUCACCUUCACACCAUCCACAGUUCACAUCGACUAACGCGGACACAUCUUGAUUGGCCAGCAUGUCUCUGCUAUCACGAAGACAGGCCAGCGCGAGCACGGCGGUUGUG